AUGUCUUCCAGCGGGGAAGAGAGUAACAACGCCAGCGUGAAGGGCGGUCUCGGCGAAACGGUAGGCAAGACUUUCCAAGGGUCUACCCGGACAUUUGGUAAUGUCAUGAGUGGUCUUGGGGCCACGAUUGGUGGCGCGGCUGAAGGGGUAGGUCAGACCGCAGCGGGAGCUGCCGAAGGGCUUGGGACUACAACGAAGGGUCUGGGGCAGACCGUCAACAAGGGUAUUGUUGGUGACAGAUCUAGAAGGGUUGAUGAUGAUGUGGAGAAAGAUAAAGUCGAUUAA